AUGAUACCAGAUGAAAAAACGUCUAGUGUUAGUCGACAAGAAUUUAUAGAUUUACUAUGUCGGAUAACAAAAUCAAAUGAAGAAAUGACACCUACAAUUCCUACUGAGACAAAUGAAGCAGAUGUAACAAUUAUUGAUGAUGAUGAUGAUAAAACAGCAGUUGAAGAAGGAGAAAUAAUUACACUUGAUGAUGAUGAUGAUGAAAAUAAUAAUACAAAAGAGGUGGAAGAUGGUGAAAUAACAGAAUCACAAGGAUCUGAUAAUGAUGAUGUUGAAGAAUUAAAUUUACGUUUGAAUGCUUUACGAUCAUUAGCUGGAGCAAAACAACAACGACGACCAAAAACUAAAAAAUUUAAAUCGAAAAGAAAACGUUCUAAUGAUAUUAAUCGUUAUCUAAAUGAUGAUAUUGAUCUUCGUUCGCCUCUGAAAAAUCGUUCAUCACGACAUAUAAGUCAAACAUCAAAUUAUGAUGAUCGAGAAUAUUUACUUGAUAAAGAUUAUCGACAACCAAGUGUGUUUGAUAUGCUUCUGUCACUUAUUUCACCAGAUAAUAAUAUAAGUAUACAUAAUAAAAAACUUCAUGAUAAUUAUGAUAUACAACACAUGGAUAUUGUCGAAGAUCAAUCUACUCUAGCACCUCCUCUGCCUCCUCUACCACCACCACCUCCACCAUUACCACCAAAUCAUUUACCAUUCUUUGAUCCAUUACCACCACUUCCACCUCCACCACCAUCUUUAUUAUUUGAUUUUCCUGUUAAUCAAUCAUUUCCAUUAAACAAUUGGCCACGACCCAAUUUUGUUCAGCAACAACCUGUACAACCUGAAUUAUGGCCACAAUCAUAUCAUACUUCAACAGAUGUUGAUCUACGUCAUCAACUAAUGAAUAAUGCUCAUCAUCAUCAUCAAAUGCCUCUACAAAAUGAACAAUCACAAUAUAAAAAAUCCCAACAACAACAACAACGACGACAAAAACGUUCGAAAAAACUUCCCAAAAAAUAUCAUCAAGAACCAGAAUCUAAAUCACCUGUGAUGAUUACAAGUACAACAAAUGAUAUAGAAAAAGAACAAUCACCAUCAUUAAUUAAUAAUGAUACGAUUCCUAAUGGUAAUGGUAAAGGUGGUGAUAAUGAUGAUGAUGAUGAUGAUGAUGAACGUUUAUUACGUGAAGAGCUUCUACGUACAUUAUCAACUAAACGUAAAAUUACAAUCAUUGAACAACCAAAUCCUGAACCAGAACGUAUUGUUACAAUUGAACCAUCAAUUUCACCAACACCAAUUAUAACUCCACCUGCAAUUGUUGCUAUUAAUAAACCUAUUGAAGCAUCAAUUAAAUCACAAUAUAGUAUUAAUCAACGAUAUAAACGUGUUAAAGCAAAUGUAUCGCUAACAAAUGUAUCUAAUAAAACAGAAACAACAACGACAACAACAACAACUGUUGUUCGAACUACGCAACCUGUUUUUCAAACACGAAAUAAAAUUGUUCGUGCAAAUGAAAAUGAUAUUAUGGAUAUUCCACAAUCAAAUCCAAUUAUAAUUACAUUUGAUGAUCAAACAACAGAUGAUGAUGAACAACAACUACAACAGCAACAACAAUAUGCUUUAAAAAAAACAAAUGAAUCAACAUAUUUAAUUGCAGAUGAAGAACGUCAAGCAAUUAAACGUUUACAACAAUUACAAGAAGAAGUUAUUCGACGAUCUAAUGCUAUUGAAUUAACAACUAAACCAGUAGUACAAAAAGUUCAAACACCACCACCACCAUCUGCUGAUAUCGUUCAAGAAGCAAUACCAUCAACAGAUGAAUUAAGUGUUCUAUUCGAAAAACGUCGAAUGUUACUGAGUGGAAGAUCGAAAUAUGCAGAAAUUCAAGAAAAAAUGAAAAAGAAAAAAUUAGAAAAUGGCCUCCUAGCACGUGAAAUUGAAAAACUUGAAGAACAAUUAGUAACGAAAAAAGCUCAAAUCACUAAUAAUAACGCACUUUUACAAUAUUGGCAAAAAGAAGCUAUGGCUAUUGCACAAAAUAUCAAACAUCAAGAGAAUUUCAUUCUUCAAUCUGCUGUUUUUAAAUCUGUGAAACCAACUUCAUCAUCCAUUGUUAAACCUCGAUCAGCAAUUAAAUUCGAUUAUGCAAAUAUUUCAAAUAUAUUCGAAGAAAGCAAUACACAAAUGCUUUUAUCAAUGCUCAUUUGUCCAAUGAAUUUUUAUCAGAAACUGCGUCCUUAUAGUAAAUGGUUAAAAACAAUAUCGAAAAAAUUCCAAGAAAUAUCUAUUGAAAACAAUUCAUGUUUAUUGCUGCGCACACGGUCAUUUCCAACUGAAAAUAAUGAACAGUAUUGGAAAACAUGUUUACAGUCAUAUUUUAUUGAUGCUAAUCAUAUUCUUUGUCCUUAUGAACUUCAGGGUUCAUGUAAAGCUCAAAAUUGUAUUUAUCAACAUCAACAUCAAAUAUCUACACGAAUUGAGCAGUUUCUUUCAUCAAAAAAUUUCAAUGAAACAAAUAAACAAAAAAUUUUAAAUCAAAUUGAUAGUAUUUGUUCACUUCAACCAUUUGAUAUGGAUUUAUCUAUAUUUGAAAAAAGAAUUACUGACAAACAAUACCAACGAUGUCGAAUUAAACUUGAUCGAUAUCUUACAAAUUAUCAUGAAGAUUUUCGAUAUUUUCGAAGUCAAUUAAAUAAUGAUAAUCAAUCUACUAUUCAUCCAAUACUCGUCAGUGUAUCAGAGCAACUUGAUUCUGAUAAUUUUUCUCCUGAACAUGCUGUAGCUGAUCUAGUCGAAGGUCUUGAAUCCCAACGAACGAAUGCUCAAUUAUGGUGUCUUUAUCUUGAAUUUUCCAGUUGGCAUAUGUCUUCUACUGAAUUACAACAUCUAUGUUUUGCUGCACUAAAAAAUUCUCAAAGUUAUGAUUUAUUUUGGACGAUUUUUUACUUAUGUACAAAUAAUUUAGAAGAAUUAAUUUCUCUCUAUUUAACAUUUAUUCAAUCAACUCAAUUUGAUUUUCAUAAUCCAUCCUAUGCCAUAUGUGAACUAGCUAUGUUUCAUGCUAAUCUUGCAUUAAGUUAUGAUCAAGCAUAUCAGACAAUAAAAAAUUAUUUAUCAAAUUCUUUGCUUAAAGAUGAACAUCGAAUAUAUCUUAUCUUAAUUUUAUUAUAUAUGUUUGUAUUUGGUUCAUACCCACGAAAUCUUUAUCAACAAAUAGAUGAAAAUCGAUUUAUUAAACCAAUCGAUCUUGAACCAUUUAUUUGUCCUUGGUAUGCAUUAUCGAAUUAUACGCAUUUACAGAAUGAAAUUGAUCAGUUUUUUGAUGAUUUUAUUAAUUCUAUGGAAUUAUUAGAGAAUAAUCUUGCUUUAUUUAUUAAUAAACUUCAUUACUUAAAUGCAACAAAAAGAUUCAAUGAAUCACAAUGUUAUAAUGAACUACUACUUGAAACAUUUCCAUAUUCAAUUGAACUUUGGAUCGAACUUUUAAUAAAUCCGGAAUUAUCUCAACAUAUUCCAGAAACUCUUGAACGUGCGAGAAAAACAACAGGAAUUUAUUAUGAAUUUGUUUAUUCAUUGUCGUCAGUGAUGAAUAUUGAAGAAUUAUUGAACAAUGAAGCUAUUCCAGCGAAAACAUAUCGUGAAAAAUUCUUUUUUGAUCUUUGUCAUUUGUUGUUAAAUUCAAAUAUUGAAUUGAAAGAGAAGAAAUUAGAGCAAAAUAUUCUACGAUAUAAUGGAGAAUUACGUGAUAUUGUUAUACUUGAUAUACUUUUUCAUUUAUCGGAAUAUUCAAUUGGUGUACAACAGAAAAUAAUAUUGAAAAUUUUAAAUUAUUUAUUAACAAAUGAUGAUUAUCAUCAAAGAAUAUUAAUACUUUAUUCAUUUUUUCGAUUAAUUCCAAUGAGUCGAGUUUUUGAUAUUGUUAUUGAUUGUUUUCUUUCAAUACAUAUCGAUCAGUAUGAAUGGAUUUUAAAACCAUUUAUAUAUCGUUUAUUGGAUGUUUCAUUGAAAAAAGAUCGAAAUACGUUAAUAUGGAUUCGGUUCGAUGCAUUUGCUAAACAAUUGAUAUAUAAUACUCAAUGUCAAGAGAUUUAUGUCACCAUUCUUCAACGGCUGAUUACUUCAAUGGAAGAUAAAAAUAAGAUUGCUCGUUUAUGUCGUCUGUUCGAAAAACAAUUUCCCAAUUGUGGUAUUAUCUCUCAACAACUUCGACAAAUUAUUUUCAAUUCAACGAUGACUACAAACGAUACUGGCACUACAAUCAUAUCAUAA